AUGUCGGUCGACUCCUCCAUCGACGGCGACAAAGACAGCGUCAACACCGCCAUCCAUGACGGCAGCUCUGCGCAGACUCGUAUACUUGCGCCGGCACUUAUUCCCGAAUCCUCCCAGUCGCGGCGCUUAUCAGUAGAUGAUCAUCUCGUCGCCAACAGUAGCGAUGAUGACGAGAGCAGCUUCAGCGACAGCGACAGUGACAGCUUCAGCUCCAGCGAUGACGAGGAAGACAACAUUCUGAUUGCGAAUGAGGACGAUCCCAACCACAACGACACAGCCGACGAAAAGCCCGUAACAUGGUCCUCACUACCGAAAAAGAGCCAACUCGCCAUCCUGACCAUCGCCCGUUUAUCGGAACCACUCACCCAGACCUCUCUGCAAGCGUACAUGUUCUACCAGCUCAAAUCGUUUGAUCCGUCAUUACCAGACUCGACCAUCUCCGGGCAGGCAGGCAUCCUGCAGGGGAGUUUCACGGCGGCGCAGUUCCUGACGGCUGUGUGGUGGGGACGGCUAGCUGAUGCGGAGUGGAUGGGGAGGAAGAGAGUGUUGCUGAUCGGGUCGCUGGGGACGUGUCUCUCGUGCUUGGGGUUUGGGUUUUCGCGGUCGUUUUUGGCUGCUGCGGUGUUUCGCACGCUGGGGGGUGUGUUGAAUAGCAAUGUGGGUGUGAUGAGGACGAUGAUUGCGGAGAUUAUUGAGGAGAAGAAGUAUCAAUCUCGGGCGUUCCUUUUGCUGCCCAUGUGCUUUAACAUCGGCGUCAUCAUAGGCCCAGUGCUGGGUGGUGCCUUAGCUGAUCCGGUGAAGAACUAUCCCCAGAUUUUCGGGCCAGGCACAUUCCUGGGUGGUGCGAAUGGGGUCGAGUGGAUGCGCAAAUGGCCGUUCCUGAUGCCGAACCUGCUCAGUGCGGUGUUUAUCUUCUGCUCGUUGCUGGCGGUAUUCUUUGGCUUGGACGAGACCCACGAAACAGCCCGCUACCGCAGCGACUGGGGUCGCCAACUGGGCCGCCGCAUCGCGCGCGCCCUCCGCCGAACCAGAAACAGAGACGGUAAAUACUACCAACGCCUAACUGAACACCCGGACGACGAAUCCCUCUACAUCGACGACAACACCUCCCACCACCACCGACGCAGCAUCAGCAUCAGCAGCCGCUCCUCGCGCCCCAAACCAAAGACCCAUCAACGUCCCAAAUUCCGCGAAAUCUACACCCGCAACGUCCUCCUCACCCUGUUGGCCCAAUUCCUCCUCGCCUUCCACACCUCAGCCUUCAACGCCAUCACCUUCACCUUCCUGCCCACGCCCCGCGCGCCCCCGGAAUCCCAUCGUGGCUGGUUCCACUUCUCCGGCGGUCUCGGGCUCCCCUCUUCCCGCGUCGGUCUCGCCACGGCCAUUAUCGGAAUCAUCGGCCUCCCGUUGCAGAUAUUCAUCUACCCCUGGGUGCAAGGGUAUCUGGGUACAUUGCGAUCCUUCCGCACCUUCUUACCCUUCUCCUCGUUGGCGUACGCCCUCAUGCCCUUCCUCUUACUCCUGCCGAGAGCAGCAUACAUCGUCUGGCCUGCAUUUACCGUGGUGAUAGCGCUGCAGGUCGUGUCGAGGACGUUUGCGCUGCCGGCGGCGGUGAUUCUGGUGAAUAAUAGUGUGUCGGAUGCGAAGGUGUUGGGGACGAUUAAUGGCGUGUCGCAGAGUAUUUCGUCUGCGGCGAGGACGUUGGGCCCGUUCCUUGGGGGGUGGGGGUUGGGAGAGGGGUUGAGGGAGAAUUUUGUGGGGGGUGUUUGGUGGGGACUUGCGGUGGAGGCGGUGCUGGGGUGGGUGGUGUUGUGGUUUAUUUGGGAAGGGAAGGGGAUUGAGAGGAAGAAGUCUUCUAGUAAGUAA